AUGAACACACGUCCGCAGAUAGCUACUACCGAUCGUUCCCAAGCCCUCUCUGCAACCUUCAACCAGGACUAUUCCUGCUUCUCAGUUGGCCUCGAUUCCGGCUUCUGUGUUUACAAUUCGGAUCCAUGCGAGCUACACAUCUCCCGGAAUCUUAAUGCCGGUAUAGGCAUUGCUGCCAUGCUUAACAGGGCCAACUACCUUGCAAUCGUCGGCGGAGGUCGCUCGCCAAAAUUCCCGCAGAAUAGGGUUAAUAUUUGGGACGAUAUCAAGCAGAAACCAGUCAUCACUCUAGAAUUUCGAUCGGAGAUACAUGCAGUGCGCCUUUCACGCUCUCGGAUAGUUGUUGUCUUGUUGGGAAGUGUUCAUAUCUAUGCCUUCUCUUCGCCGCCAUCCCGGCUACAUGUUUUUGAAACCUACGACAACCCACUUGGUCUGGUGGCCCUGUCUGCAAAAACUCUAGUAUUUCCAGGCAGGCUACCAGGUCACUUGCAGAUUUUUGACCUGGUUACCGGGAAUGUCAAUAUAAUACCAGCACAUUCGACACCUCUUGCUGCUGUAACAAUAUCGCCUCAGGGAGAUAUAGUAGCCACAGCAUCCGAAACAGGUACCUUGAUUCGUGUAUUUUCUGCUUCGACUGGUCUUCCAAUCACCGAACUUCGAAGAGGAAUCGAUAAGGCGACCAUCUUCUCUCUCGCCAUUUCCCCAUCUUCUUCUCGUUUGGCUGUCACUAGUGAUAAGAGUACCUUGCAUAUUUUCGAGCUCCCAUCUUCGUCUUUAAUAUCCCAACCUGUACCCCGACCAUCAUCAUCGCUAUCUUCACACUCCACAAGUGCAACUCCCUCGGGAGACAAUAAACGUUGGUCUCUACUAGGAAAACUACCUUUACUACCAAAGUAUUUUUCUAGUGAGUGGAGUGCCGCCCAGGCAAAAUUUGAAGGCGGUGGAAGAGGGGAUCUAGGGUGGAUUGGUGAAGACACUUUGAUUGCUAUUGGAACAGGAGGGAAGACUGGAGAGGCAAGGUGGGAAAAGUUUGUGGUGGUUGAGGGUGAAGGGGGCGUUGGUAUUGAGUGCAUACGGGAAGGUUGGAGAAGAUACCUAGAUAAUGAUUAA